CAAUCGCCUGUACUAUAUCAGUCUGAGAAACGGAGAACUUUGUUUUGCUGUUUAAAAAAAAAAUUUAAAGAUUCCGCCUUCGCUGAUGGUGGAAAUCAAAAACAUGGGCCAACGGCAGAGUCAGUGAAAUUAUCAUUCGGGAGCUGACGUCACAAGACCUCUCGCGAAGGAGUUUAUUUACUAUCGGGACACAAGAUGGCGACUGGCACGAAGCUUCUUCUCCAGCUAAUAUUUUACAACUUCAACAACGAAUAUCUUGCAAACAAAUCAAAAUAAGUACAAAAGAAAAUUUUUUUCGUAAUUAGUGCAAUAUUUUGAGUUGAUUUUCGAAUACUGUUUUUUUUAAGUGGGAGAAUAAUUGAUAUAUACCAUGCUGAAGUUUUUGUAAUGGCCAAUGUAACAAUAGAUCUCCUGACACCCUCUCCAAGAAAUGAUACAAGUGGCAACAUUUUGAAUCAAUCUUUUGAUUUUGAAAAGAAUCCUGGAUUGGUAUUAGUAUUAAUAGCAUGUUGUUUUACUGCUACCUGGCUGCUGUUUAUGACUUUUUAUAACUCACACAUACUGGCUUUUAUUGUUACAAAGAUAUUGAGCAAGUUUUAUUUGAGAUGUGGUUCCAUCUAUAUUGGAUCAUUUUCUGUUUCAUUGCUUUCUGGAAAGAUUAUGUUCAAAGAUGUUCGAUAUAUCACCAAAGAUUACAGCGUUCAAAUUGUUGAUGGAUUGGCAAUUUUCAAAUGGUGGUUAAAGUACAAGGUUGAGGAGCUAAAUAACCUUAGAAGAAUAUCAAAAGAUCAAGAUCUUUUUGAGGUAUCAAAGUGCAGGUGGAUAUUACAGCUGAAUGGAUUCGAAUUUCAUCUCUUUAACAGGUCAGACUUAUAUACCAACAUCAAAGAUAUUUUAAAAAGUGAGAGAUAUGGAGAUGCACGGAAGUCUGUCUUAAGUUUAGAUGUCCUGAAGCAGAAUGGAAAAGACAAAAAUAAUGUAGAUGAGAGCAGUGUUAGAUCGUGGCAAGAUCUUUUUCCCCUUGUCAAUAUCAACAUUCGUUCAGGAAAACUAGCUAUUGGUAAUCGUUUGUUGGAAACCACAUUAUGGGUUCAUUUCAACACAGCCACUGCUGCAUAUUGUAUGCCCGACGCACCAUCUUCAUUAGACCAUUAUACUCAUUUCUUGCAAUCAAAAUGUGACGAUGUCAGAGUUUUGUUAUCUAGAAGUCCAGGUUACGAAGGAUCAACAACUGAAUCUCCAAAGUAUAUGGGACAAGGCUUUGUGGUUUUGCAAGCUGGACAUGCAAGGAUAUGCUAUUAUCAAGAUGAACCAGGGCUUGUUCCUGUUGGAACUGGUGAUGCAAGCCCUGAACCAGAUCCUGAGUGGGCAUGUGAUCUGGUGUUCUCUAAAAGCACUACAAUAACUUAUGGCCCAUGGAUUGAUAAACAAAGAGAUGCCAUCCAAAAAUAUUUUUUGCCAAGUAAUUUUCAAGAAAUAGCAGUUACAAAGCCUUUGGAACCAGAACAAAAAAGAUCACAUUCUGGAUUUGAUGUCAAAGUUGAAUUUGUUGAUGCAACAACGAUUGAUUUGUUAUUCUCAAAAAACGAGAUAACAUCUGCUAUUCAUGUCUGUUGCAACAAAUCUUCUUCAGUACAUUUUUAUCAACCAUGGACAGUAAAUGAAUAUGGAUACACAAGUAACAUUGUUGCACACUUACAUCAGAUGGAAGUAUCGACUAGCAUGCAAUGCCGUAGGCUUCUGGAAUGUGAAAUGAUUGAAGUUGCUGUGAGUAUGAUGAUACCAAGAAUGUGGAACCAUUUCCAACAUUGGACUUGCGAAUUAUGGCUUUUCAAAACAACACUUUAUUUUAUUUAUGAACAUGUUCACUUUUUUAAUGAUCUCCUGAAUGAUUGGUCUGUAAUAACACCUCCUGAUAUUGCUACAUUUGUUCCUUAUGAAUGGGAAUUUAAUUUUUAUUUACGAGAUUUUGAACUUGUACUUCUUGUAAAUAAGCACAACUGGAUUGAUUGCACCAACGAAAAUGAAAACAGUGAAAUUGCUUUAUGUGGUGAAGCAUUGGAUGUAAACUUUUUACUGCCUUUUACUCAUUUUAUGCCAAAAACUGUGGAAACAAAGUUUUUCUUUCGUGGAGAAACAGUUAUGUUACGAAGUUUUGUUCCUGAAUCUAACACACUACGUAGAAGUAUUAUAGCAUUAGCAAAGAGUAGCGAUGAGGUCAUGUAUCCUAAAGUUACUAGGACAACAAGUGUAACACCAGAUUUUGAUCAAGGUGAUGGUCCUGACGAAUUAUAUGAAGUCAACAGUGGUGUUAACCCGGAAGACCAAGUAAGCAAAGGUUGGAGGCAAAGAACAAGUGGAAGUGGUUGGAUUGAUGUUUGGUCUGUUCCAGUCAUAGUUUUAAAUCUGUUUUACAAAUAUCAUCCCAUUCCAGUGACCAAUGACAGGAUAAUGAAAAUAAAUAAACAAUGUGGGUUGAAUUACAAAGGUUUUAAGCCAUCGCAAUUAGCUUCUGAUGUAAUAACGGUGGAGUUAGAGGCUGGUCCAUCUGCGGUCAAACUAUUUGGGUACUUUUGGAGACAAUUCUUUACUGGAUUUAAAAAUAAUUAUUUUGGUGUUGAUCAAGUAAUGCAAGAAUUUAACACAAUGCGGGAAGGUGCUAUAAAUAACACUUACAUACCUAAGAAUGGAAAUGUUGCAGGAAAGGAUGACAUUCGACAUGUCAGGCCUUUGGAAGCUAACAUCACUAUUGUGCUAUUCGAUGUUCAAGCAGAGCUUACUAUGCAUACAAUGAAUGGCUUAUCUUCACCACAAGCUUAUAUUGAUUGUAUCACAUUUGAGAUACAUAAAGUCUUCCAAGAAACAAGAUUACAGUUAAUAACAUCACCUAUAUCUAUUGUUGUUGAAAGUGCUGUAAAGUACACAUCUGAUCAUCUCAAUACUGGCUUCCUUAGUUUGUCUAGUCUUCAGUUUCGUGGUCAUGCGAUGUUUUCAGAUAAAGAUAUUCAACUCGGGAGUGAUACAAUUGAGUAUGCAUGGUUAAUGGAAAUACAAUGUGGGAAUUUCACAGGCAAAAUAUCACCCUUACAGCUUUACAAAUUGUUGAGUUGGUCUGAAACCUUUCUUCUUCAUGGUAUGGAUGAUGAAAACAACUUAAUCAACCCACAUCCUGAAAUAAAAUGUCACCAUAACCUACCACAAUCUCAAUGUAGUCUAACUAAUGAAAAUGAGGUUUGCCCUACUGAAGAAGCUGUCAAGUACAAAAUGGUGAGAUUUGCUGUAGAGAGUGUAAAUGUGUUUGUUGUGGAAGUGGAAUGUGCUUGCAAUUUGUUGGCUUCACCAAUUAGAUUCUCCACCUGCAACUCAAGCAAUCAAGAGGUAUUUGAAGGUGGGAGUGUCUUUAUUAAUGAAGUGGUUAUAAGACAAUAUAUUCAGCAAGCAAACUUUAGCUUGACAGAUUCAUCCCAGCCACAGUAUGUGCCAUUACACUCCAACAGCUGGGUAGAAGUUGGUGUUAUUGGAUUAGGUCAAGUAACUGCUGAUAUUACUGAACUUGGACAUGGCAUUCAAUAUCAAUUUCACCAAUCUACUUUUCUAACAUUACAUGACAUGGAAACAAAGAGGCUAUGGUUUCUGUGGAAUGCAGAUGAAUUAAAGGGAAAACUUACAAAAGAUCGAAAAAAUGGUAAGAUUUGUGGUUGUGUUGGUGGCUGUAAUUUCUUUGGUAGCAACAAAAACGGUGUCAAAUUUUUCACAAAUCAAUCAUUGACUACAACAAACGAAAUGCACAUGCGCUAUGGAAGUGACAGUUUGUGGGGUGGAGAAACAGAUUUUGGCAGUAGCAUUAAGAAACAAUACCUUCACAGAAGUAGCCAUUACUCAAGUAACUGUAGGACAAGUUCUACAAAGUUGGCAUAUAAACAUGCUCUAGAUGAAGGAAGUCAUCCUAGCAGAGGAUUAAGUUCAACUGGAACAGAUACAAUUGAUCAUAUUUCUGAUAGUUGUUUUGGUGAUACUGCAAGACAUUUAUCAAUAGGACGUAAAGCUACAGAUUCUAAAAUUGUAUUUGGAAGAUCUCAUUCUCAUUCCUUUAUCAAUGGUAGUGAAAGUAGCUUUUCUUUGAGCAAAGCUGACAGUGAUAAAGUUAUGUUUUAUUCAUGUAACUCAAUUGCAAGUUUACAAGAUGGGAAUGUGCAGCAGACAAAAGACAGUUCACAGUAUUCUGAAAAAUCUGGAGUUUCGUCAGAAUCAUACGUAUCAGCAAUAAGCUCUGCUGAAGAUUUUUUACAAGACAAACGUGAUGGUUCCAGGAUGCACUUUCAACCAUUAGUUAGUCCUGGACUUUUAUUAGCAUACAGUAACUAUAUGCAGCCAUUAAGUUGCAUUAACUGGCAACAAAAUGUACCAUGUUGUAUGAGGAAAAAGUUCAGUUUAUUAAAGAAUUUGAAGGUUAUAUGUCCUGUCCAUCGUUACACAUUACCAAGUAUACCAAAUUUUAAUCCUAAUGGACAAGGAAAAUUGCCAUUUGUUCUGGUCAGGUAUAACAAAUUAAGUGAUAAGAAUUCUGGUGACAAAGAUGGUAAUAGUUGGAAAAAGACAAGCAAAAAUAUUGUAAGUGACGAUUUAAAGAAAACCAGAAUAUCUUUAAAGCUAUACCAGCGAUUAUCUAUCACAGUAACACCUCUUAUGAUUCAAGCUUUAGAUCGAUAUAUGUCAUCAUUGAAAGCUCUUCCUACAGAAAAUCACUUAUCACAUGUUCUUGACUCAUUUCAUCUACAAUGUAUCAAUAAAACGAAGUACAAGUUUCUGGAAAAGAAAAUUAGUGAAAAAAUGUCUAAUUAUAUUCCUGUUAAUGAUCUAAGGCACACUUUACAAGAAAUAGCAUCGCCUACUAAUCUAACUGUUGCUGUGCAAGUUCCAGAAAUUGAUUUAGUUUUCUUUCAAAUAGUUUCUGAAAGAUAUACUCCUUCGGAACAAUCCUCUCUCUCUGGCCAAUGUGGAAGUGAAUUUUCUUAUGAUUUGGAUAUUAAGAAUACAGACUCUAUUUUACUGGCUGUUUCUUUUACUGAUGUAAAUUUAAACCUCCAUGAAGAUAAGGAAAAUGAUGCUAUAUUCAAUAGCACAACUAUGCUUGUCCACAAAAUCUCCACAAACGGUCCUUGCAAUGAAUCUAUAAAAAAGUUAACCAACUUAUCUAACCCCAAUGUGAUGGUGUUUUCUGCCAAUAUCUUUUCAAUUCAAGCACAAGUAUUGCAUAUAAAGGGUGUCACAGAUAAACAUUUGCACAUCACAUGCAUACCAAGAAGUAAAAGCAAAGUAAAUUUUUCAAUUAAACCUACAGAAAGUUUGCAACUACACGAUGUUUCAUUAGCUGAUGCAAUAAGACAUAAAAAUCUGGGUAACAUCAUAUUUGAAGCUGGUAUACACUUUGUGAAGGUAAAAGGUUUUGUGAGAAAGUCUAUUAGCAAGGAUUUAACUGGAGCACAGGAAAAUAAUAUUUCAACAACCAACGUUAAUACAAAGGAACAAACAGCUGUUAGAAUAGAAUUUGACAAUGACGUUAAUGAUAAAAAUGAUGGAUUUGUAUCGUCAAGGCCGGCAAGGUAUAAAGCCUUAUCAAAUUCCAGUUCCUCAUUUGAAUCAAAUAGUUCCUGUAAUUUAAGCAAGCUGAAAAAGGGAUAUACAAGACUGUGUAUCGAUUCUGGUGAUGAUGCAGAUAUGUCUGAAGAAGGUGAAAAUGAGGAUCAUGUUAGCUUUCUUUCAGGUUCAGAAAAAACUGCUAGUGAAACAGUACCAACAGUUCAUUACAAAAAGAAAACUAAGAAAAGUGCUAAAGAAAAGCAAGUAGCAGGGUAUCCUUCAUCAAUAGUUGGAACAGACAUGGUGGGUCAUGCAGAGAUCAAAACAAUAUGGAUAAACCUAGCUGCACCAACACAUUUGAGAAACAUAAAUGGGGAUAAUGACGAAGAAGUAAACUUAGUCACGGUGCUUGUUCCUGCACUGAGUUGCUGGAUGCUGCCUAUGAUUGAUAUUCUAGGUUCAGUUAACUUGAUAAUGGAAACAUUUACAACAUGGAAGUUUUCCAUCACAGCUUGCCUGCUUGGUCAAGCACUACCUGAACAUGGAAGAUUGUUAAAAAAGCAUAUCUGCCCAUCUGCUAUAAACAAUUUAUCAAAAUUCUUACAAGAAGAUUAUUCAAGUCAAUUAAUUUCUGUUAUUCGCAGACAGACAGUUGGACAUCGUUUAAUAAAUCUUCAAGAAGCUCUUAAACAUAAAAAAUCUUUUACAGGACUAAAUGAUCUUAGAGAAGGUAUUUUCGCGUUGGCUCGCCAGUGGAAAUGCAUAUUUAUUGGUGCUGAGGAACAUGAAACGAUUUUUACAAUCCCUAAUGAUAGAAAUAAAAAGCCAGUGGUAGGUCGAGGCAAGCUGACACAAAAAGAUAGAGAAUUUUUAACAAAAGAUAUAGAAGCUAAAGAUAGUGAAAUGUGGAGCCAACACUUAACCUCACCAGUUUUAAACUUGUCAAAAAGUCAAAUUCUUUCCCCACAUCGUGUUGAAUAUAACACAGAACCUACUGAGCAUGAAAUGUUGCUAUCAAGCAGUAGUGAAUCUGAAUCUGAAAAUAAAAUAGACAACCGGCGUAAUAAAGACACUGUCAAAAAGGAACAGACACUCUACGAUUGGAUGUCUAAAUCACCUGUAUUAUUACCAGUACAUUCUACUAAUGCACAUACGAAGAUUACUAUAGAGGGUCGAAGCGAAAGUGGUCAGGAAGAGGCAGAUUCUACUGCAAAAAAACAUGUUCAAAAUGAUUUUUUACAAACCGAAUCCCCCAUGGUUAGUGUUCCUACUAGUGGUAUGCAGUUGGCAAGAGCAACUGAAGUCUUCGCAUCGUUAUUAGAUGUUAUUGGCAUUAAACAAGAUAAAUAUUUCAAUACACAUGAAAUCAUGAAAAAGGGAAGUUUUUCAAUGAAAAGCAUUAAAAUUUAUCUUGUGACAUCAGGGGAAGGAAAAAAUGAAAAAAAGCAUCCACAUGCAUUUGAAUUGAAAAGACUACAACUUGUUCUGCAAUCACAACAAAAGCUGCUCCUACCAUACCUUGAUAACUGUUUUUCUCCAACCAACAUCUUGUGUAUUGUUGAUGUGACCGAGAUACAUCAGCAUUUAAAUUUUGCCCUUGUUAGGUUAAUGCUCCAAAUAACAGAAACUUUAAAUGUUGUAAAAGAGGAGAAAAAGUUUGUGGAAAAGUCAAGUAAAAGCAACAGCAAAGAUGAGGUUUACAACUGGAAUAAUGCAGACGUGUCUGAUCCUGCGUUGCAGAUGCCAAAGUGUUGGAGAAAUAUGUUCAAUGUGAUGAAAUUAUAUACUAUGUUGCCUAAUGAGCAACCAGUGUCACCAAUACUUGCAUCACCAGUUCUAAGAAAGACCAAUGAUCACAGCAAAACUGCCUCAAAAAAAUGUUUACCUGCUCGAGUACCAACAACUUUAUUUAUCACUGCAACUGCUGUUUUAAAAAAAGUUAAAUUAACAGCAAACAUAAGUGGAUUGCAGUUGGAUUUUGAAAUGAGAAGGAUGAAUGGUACAUAUUAUAAAAAUAAGGAAGCUUCAUCAAUUAAUACAGGUAUUACAGACGCAUCUUCUUCUUCGGUACAUAUGGAAAAACUGAAAAUUUGUUUGAUCGAGUCAGUCAAGCCAUUCAAAACUGACAACUCAAACCACUUGCCACCUCAUUCACCUGCACUUAAAAUAUCUAGGACAUUGAUGACAUGUAAAGUUUAUCCUUCACAUAUUCUUCACACCACUAGCCAACAACCAAUGCAGAAGUUAACACAAAAAUCCUUGCUUUUUAUUGGACCAAUUGCUGUUGACAUUCCACAAAACCCAGGAGCCUUAAGAGCCAUUGUUUCAAGAUUUACAAAUAGAUUGCAGAAACAUUUUUUAGAAUUUGAUGACUACAGACGCUCAGAAAGAGCCAGACCUGAACAUCUUGACAACAUUCCUCUUGAAGUUGAUAGCGUAAAAGAGUCAUUGGUAUCUGUGAAUAUCUCUGCAACCUUUAGAAUAUCAUCCAGUAGCAUACUUUGUAGUGCUGCAUUGUUACCUUCACUACGGGUGGAGUACAAGAUUGACCAAGUAAGUGGUUAUGGAAGCAUGGAUGGAAAAGCAAAGUUUUAUUUUCAACUAAAAAGCCAUGUUCUCUGUUUUAACACAAAGUGUAAUGUUGUACCACUACCAGCGACAACACAUAUUGAUCUGCCACAGAUUAAGAUUAAUGGUCAUUAUUUGGAGAUCUCCAGUAAAGAAGAAACAUGUGUGGUGAAUUCAUCUGCAAUAAGUCAUGGAUUCUUACGUGUGGCAGUUAAUAUUGAAAGACUGGAACAAAAUUUAACUACAGAUCUCUUGAACCAUAUAAUAUUUCUGCAAAAAGGAUUUGCUAAAGAGGUUAGUGAUGUCAUGAAAGAUAUAGAAACAAAUGAACCAGUACCAUUAUGGAAAUCAAGAUCUGUUGAAAGUAUCCAACCUAGUUUGCCGAUGAUAUACUCGAUUCAAGUGACACUGCAAAAUAUUCAAGUAACAGCUUCUACACCUUCAAGCAUUGCAGUUAAAUUGGAAACAGGAGAAAUAUCGUUGGUGUUGUCUAAUAAGAAUCCUGCAUCUUCAGUUUUGAAAUCACCAGACUAUAAAGCUACAAACACGUAUGGUAAAGCUCAAGUCGAAGUACAUGUAUCAAUUGGACAGUUUAACAAGGUCAAUUUUGUUAAAAAAGAUCAAGAUUACGACGUCUUUGCUCGUUUCAGUACGUUAUUAGAAGUAAAUAACACAUUGCAGGAAAAACCAAAGCGAAGUGAUCGAGAAGCCAUUGUAAUAGCCCUGGAUAACCCCCAUUUUUUUUUUAUGCCUGCUGCUGUUGAUAAAGGUGUUCUGGUAUAUUUACAUUACAAGAAUGCUUAUAAUUACUGGAUGGGGCAAAGAACUAUGUUAACAAAUGAGUUUCCUGCUGUUGCUGAGCACAUCUUGAAUAGACUUUCACAGCAACCAGUCAGAGAAAAGCUUUUCAGCUAUCUGUUUUUACAAGUGAAUAUUCGUAAUUUAGGAGUUUGUCUUCCAUUAAAGGAGAAAGUGCCUUCAUGCUUGUCAACUAAUUUAGCUACACCUGUCUUGCUAGAUAGUGACCCGGGAUCAGCUUUGCUUGUAUCUGUUGAAGAAUCUUCAAUAACAGGGUGUAGUAGUGGCUCCUUUGUUAGUACUGGUUUGUUUCGAAAAUUCUGCUUACGAUUUGUUGAUAACUUCGAUCAUACCUAUAAUAACUGGCAGAUAGAUGAGAGUGAUAUUAUGAAUACGUAUACUAUACCAGAAGGAAGUUAUGACUUAUGCUCACGAACGAUAUCAUCAGAUCCACAAUUAGAGUUGAAUCAACCUGGCAAAUGGAUAAUGACGCUUUUUUGGAAAAUGUGUGGCAUUAACAUUCAUUUGGACUCCAACAUUGGCAAGAAGUUAAAUCUGUUGACAAAUACGUUGACAGCUAUUACAGGUGAUUCAGACGUCGCUGAUCUGUCAUCAGUUGCUGAAGCUAAAGAUGUUGGAGAAGAAAACAAGAUUCGCAUACCUAAUUAUAUCUCUGAUGAUGGGUACGAUGUGGUGGAUGCUCCUACUCACACAACAUUGCAGGACGAAGAUGAAUCCCUUGAGAGACAGUUGUGGUUGCAAACUAGAAUAGUAAAUCAGUUUAGAAGAAACGAUGCUCAUCCAGAUGUAAUCAGUCGUGAGGUAAAACAGUUACAAGAAAUAGAAGCUGCUUUAUCAAAGGAGUUUUUUAAAGAUGUAAAGAGCAGAUUCAAAAGGUCAAAAAAGCGUUCGACCCUAUCUACUAGUAGAAAAUCUUUCAUUGAUAAAAAGAAGACACUGUCUUACCUUUACCCAGCUUCGAAGUCGGAGCUUCAUGCACUAAAUUCUUCAUUGAGUCACUCUUAUCAACCAAUUGAGCUUAAAAAUUCAAACAAUUACGCAAAAGAUGAAAUUGACGCAUCGUCAAUGCAUGAAACUUUCACAUUUGAUACCGUCAGUCCAGAAUUAACAGUAUUUCAAAACCAAAUGAGCCAUGAAUCAUAUACAGAUGAAUUCACCGAUAUAAAGACUGUAUCUUCUGAUGAAAAUGAAAAAGGAGUGAAUCGUGUGACAUUUUCGAAAAGCACGUUUAAUGUUUGUCCAAGUUCUGAAACAACUAAAUCAAUUUUAUCGGUUAGUAAUAAUACUGCGUUGGAUUUUGAACUGAAUGUCGUCAUGGACAUUGAAAGUGGCAAAUGCACUUUUCAUACUGAGAGCAGCAAUGUUAAAGAUGUUAAUAUUGCAAAUAGGGAUGAAUUUUCCAAAAAGAUGUCAGGUCAAGAAGAGUCUAUAAGUAGUCGAGCAUUCCAAAGACCGCUCCGAACCAUGUGGUCAGUAGGUCAAGUAUCUUCAAAUCAAUCCACAAUUUCCGAGAAACCUCUCAUUCUAAUCCCUGGUGUUAAUGUGCGACUACGUUACUUAUCAAAAAAUGUUGUUGGGGAAAUUAGGCAUGGUUCAACUGAUUUUGAAUCUGCUGACGUCUCAUCUCAAUAUAAUGGUUCUGUUGUCUGUGAGCACCAGUUCAACAAAACAGCCAAUUUGAAUGCAUUUGUUUCCAUCCAAUCUCUUCCAAAGGAGAUGAUAGUUCGACCUUCUUUACUUGAUUUUCUUGACAAAGCCUUAGAACCUAUUAUCAGAACAGAUGCGGAUGAAGUAAGAACUUUGGAAUCUGAGUCAUUAGGUGGUACUACCUCUUUUCUGUCUUCUUCUGGUAACGACUAUUACUCAUUUCCGGUUAAUGUUGUAGUCCUGAUACGUGUGGAACCAUCAGAUUUAAGAUUUAGCUGCCUGCCUCUGUCAAGAGUUGAGUUUCUUUUGAGAGUCCCAUCUCUUGAUUUUGUCGUAACGUCAAGCCCUUCCCCUGUUGCUUCUAAAGUUAUCUCACCGAAAAAGAAAACCUUUAGUUCAAGAAGGAGUAACUCUUCACAAGCGUCCAUGAGUGAUGUUGAUAUGUCGUCUGGCUUCAGUUUUACGUUAUGUUUGUCACGCUUUUCAUUUUGUAUUUUUCAUCCAUAUGGAAAACAGUUCAGCAGCGCAACUGAUCGAGAAAAUUCUUCAAUGCUUGGUGCCAAAAGAAAGGAGUUCAAACCAACAGGCCAACCGAUAUCUGGAAGAAAAGAUUCUCUUAGUCUUAAUGUAGAGUUUAUCAAGUUUAAUUUGUUUCGAAAAACGAUUCGAAUCCCCAAAGGAGAUUCAGAUAACUCAACUGAUUUUCAUACAAGCGUAAAAAUAUCAGCUCUUUGUGAUAUCGGCUCAGCUGCGUUUAAUUAUGAUAUGCGCAGAUUAAACGAAAUUCUUGAUGUUCCUAAAGCUUGGUAUAAACGCGGUUUGAUGCAAAGAAUAUUUCUGGGUAAAGAUGGAACCUACGCUACCCAACAAAGUACCCGUCAAGCGUGCAAAAUAAGGACCUCACGUAAUUUACCAGCAUCGUCCGAUGCAUCGAAACCUGACCCAUUAGUAAUUCCAAAGGAAACAAGCGGAAGUCAUAGAAGAUCUGUUAGCACAGGCACAUCGUUUUUUAACAAUUUGAUGAGAACACCAUUUACUGCAACACCAAGAAGCAAAAUUUUUCCUACAUUUAGGAAUGAAGAACAUGAUUCAGUAAAACUUAAGUUAGGACAAUCGGAUUUCACUUUUACCAAUGAAUGGCAAACAAAAAUAGCGGUUGGCUUUAAAAUCUCCCGAAUCGACGUCUCUACUAACAUGGGAAAUGUGAUGGGACAAGUCAUAUGGAGUACAAACGAUGUCCGUGCAGAUGCUAAUGGUUUAUUGAACAAUACUGGCGUGAGAGGUGGCCAAGUUGGAGUAUUCGUUCGCCAAGGAACAUUAGAUGCACAUGGGGGUGUUAUAGGAGGCUACCUUGACAUGCAAGAAUUAAAUGUUGUUGGUAAAUUUCAGGAGAAUUCUGGAAAAUUACCAAUCCACUGUACUACUGUUAAUAUGAAAAGUGGAGAAGUGCGACUCGAUUACAUGGGCUCUAGCGUUGUUAUGGCUGCCCUCUCGUCUUUUUUGUUUAAACUUGAAGACCGUUGGUUACUUCCUAGUUUAAAUAAUACCGAAUCAACCCUUACAGAAGCUAGCGAAAAUCCUACAGAGAUCCAUCUCAUGUGUGACUCGCAAUGGAAUGAAUUUCAAGUCAUCGUUUGCAAGUCAACAACGCCAGACCUUUUGAAAAUGGCGCAAAAGCUGCAAGAUUUUUUUUAUCAGCAGCAGCAAAGCAGCGCACUUGCAUUGUCUUCGCUUUGUGAUGGUUACCAAGGUUUAAGAUACUACUCUGCCGAUUUGCAGCUGGAAAAUCGAACAGAUAGUACAAGUGUAGAUAGCGUAGAUGGCUUGAAAUAUCAGCAUUGGGUGGAAUUACUUAAUGGUUUAUAUGGAAAAUGUCUGAACAAUAUUACUGCAAGACUUCCUGAUAAAAAUAUAGUUCUUGGUGGCACGCUGGGAUUGCAUGGAAACUUCGUGUCUAUAGCUUGUUUUCAUGGAUCAAACUUUCGCUCUCAGAAUUGGGGGCUGUUUACAAUUCGAGAACCAUGUUUACAAUUCGUGAGUGAGACCAGGGUAGUGGAGAAAAGCUGCCAGGUAAUGAGAGCGGAUUGUGUGCAUGAUGUGGUGUUUUUGCUUGGCUCAACAAACCGCAACACAAUGUCGGAAACACGUCGCUCAUCUAGUAAUAUGUACGAUUUUAUGGCUACAGUAAGGAAAGUGUCGCGUGUUCGUAGAAACCCUCCAUCGUUGGGUGCACCAGUACAAGAAUGGCUUAUUUUUGUGAACACAACAAGUAAAGAUGACAUACCCAUUGCAUCAACUUCUUUUACUUUGGCCAAUCAAGAAGUGGGGGAGAAAUUUUCUCACACAAAACUUACUGGAGGGUUGCGCAAAGUAUCAUUCGCGCCAAAAUAUAGAUACGAAAAUCAAUCAGAGGUGAUUUUUGCGUUGCCCCGAUUAUCAGUUCAAUUAAAAACAGAACAUGAUCAACCUACUACGGAUAUAGUAGCAAAGGUCCUACGUGAAGCAGAUAAAGACUUGAAUACUAUUUUGUUUCCUACAGUUCCCAGUGCUCACACGGUUGAUUCAAGUUUAAUUUCUCACUUCGAUGACAGUAUACACGUCACUAUGGAUGUCAGCUUGCUCUUUUACUUACACAAUCUAAUCUUGAGUUACAUGAAAGAAAAAGAGACCAUGUUGUCAGUAACAGCACGGCACACGCGCGGCCAAUCUAAAGAACAGGAAACAGUAGACGUAACUAAAAAUGAACCUGAAGCUACAAUCAAAAAGGAAGAAAAAUAUCGUGAAUUUCGGUGUAAGAGCUGGAAACUUGAACCCCGUGUUCGAUUGUUAAGUUGGGCAGGUAAAAGAAUGGAUCCAGUGAGCAUAGACUGGGUUUUAGAGAAGUUAGGUUUCACGCAUGCGGCCCUAACUAUUCCAAAAUGGAUACAACGAGGUGCAUUAGAUCCCAUGGAUGUCGCACUUGCUACACUAAUGGGGAACCUGUUAGCUCAUAUGAAAAAGAAAGAAGUUGAAAAUGAUAAUUGAUUAAACAUGAAACAAUUAAAUUAAACACAUAUUCCGUAAUAAAAUUAUACCAAGAAGUACUUGGUUUAAAUGUCAAUACGUUUAUUUUUGCACCUUUUUAUUUGAUAACCGUCCCUUUUUAAUAGACAAUUGAUUUUAUUGUAUUUUUAAUUUUUAAUUUUUUAAUUUCAAUCGAUAAGAAGUAACUUUGAACAGCGUGAGAUUUAUUUACAAA